GGAGGAUCCUAAGUGUUUAUAGAUCACGAUCUGCAUAUAAAAGACACCGCUUAGACGUGGUAAUGUGAUAUCUCAAACAGUCAUCAUUACUCUGGAGAUGGACUCACAAGAAAGUACUCAACCGAUCAUGAGCUCUUCGCCUCCGGCCGGAAGAGUAUCACUCCGGCUGAUGACUCUAUCCGACGUCGACGACUACAUGGUUUGGGCCACAGACCCUAAAGUGGCACGCUUUUGCACUUGGGAGCCUUGCACGAGCCGAGACGAAGCCAUCAAAUACAUAACCGAUCGUGUCUUGACACACCCUUGGCUCCGAGCCAUCUGCUUGGAAGACAACCGUCCGAUCGGCUACAUCUUGAUCAUGGCGGUGGAUGACAUCAGAAAAGAGAUCGGUUAUGUCCUAGCGAGAAAGUACUGGGGGAAAGGGUUUGCGACUGAGGCCGUGAGACUAUUGACGUCGGAGAUAUUUAAAGAAUUCCCGGAGAUUGAGAGGGUUGAGGCUCUUGUCGAUGUGGACAAUGUUGGAUCUCAAAGAGUUCUUGAAAAAGUUGGGUUCACUAGAGAAGGUGUGAUGAGGAAGUUUCUAUGUAUCAAGGGAAGAGUUAGAGACACUGUCAUGUUUAGUUUCUUGCCUAGUGAUACUUUGAAGUAAUUGAUCAACAGAAAUAUUAUUCUGCAAGCGUAAUCAUACAGUACGGUUCAUAGCACGGGACAUUUGAUAUAAA